GGACAGGCUCGUAAAUUUUACAAGUGCUGACAUGUGCAUCACAUGACAUGGGGGCCGAGACGUGGCUUGGAGUAUUGAGGCGCGAUGCUAUUAUUAGAGAGUUGACGUGUAGCAAGCGUAAUGAGGCAGCAUAUAAAAAAAGUAUAAAAGCUUCGACUUCGAACACAUUUCCGAUCUUUAUACCAGUGCAUUCACAUCUCUACCAAACAUCAUAACUUCAACGGCCAGAUCAUCACCAUGCAUUUCACAACCCUCCUCACCAGCGCCAUCGCGUUCGCCUCAACAGCAAUAUCUCAACCAACAGCUCGUCAAGCCCCUACAGCCAACGCAGUCAUCAUGAUCGUCAACUCGGCCGAUCACAGCCGACAGCCCGUCAGAAUUCCCCUUGCGCAACUCACCACUCUCGACUACCAAGUCACAGAGCUGCGUCUCGAGAGUCUCAACGUUAAUAUUCCCAAUAUUCAAUCACCUGAACUCAGCGAUGUUGUUUGUCAGCGAUAUAAAGACAAAUAUGGUGUUCAGCUUGGGAGCGCUGAGUUUAGUCAUGAGAAGCCGGCGCUGAUUAGUACCAAUCCUGUGGAGUUUGGUUGGGUUUUGUGUUAUCGCAAGGACAAGGCUUGAGGAGACGGAGGAACAUACGGGGGUUUGAAUUGGGAGAUGGGCUUGGAUAAAUUGAAUACAGUGUUGCAUAGUUCUUAAUCGCAAGAUUAUACAUAGCCUUUUUUUGUUCCUGAUAAUAUGCAGAUGCGCAAGACAGCAUUAUUAAUGCUCGUAGGGCUUAGUCGAUGUUCGGUUGAACUUCCACCGUCGCAGCC